AUGGACGAGCGGCUGACCCAGUACAAGCCGGCGCUGACGGCGUACUUUGAUAUCCAUCCUGGCCCGGAAGUGGACAUCCAGAUCUUGCUGAGUCGAUGCCCUCAAUUCGCCACCCUUCUCAUCCAGAACCCGACCAUGUGUCUUCCAGUGCUCGAGUCAGCGUUCGCGCAGGGCUUGUCCACGACUGUAUCAUCAUCACCGCAACAACUUCAAUUGACCAACGUUCCGCCGUGUCUGAAGAAACGUGUGAGCGCACUUCGAAGCAAGGAAGCCGUGGGUCUCAUGGGCGUGGAAGGCACGGUCGUGCGCAUCGGCAUGACACGCAUGUUGGAGAAAGUCCGCCAAUUCGAAUGCGCAAAAUGCAACACGACAUGGGAAGUCACGUCCAAGCCCGAAGAGCAAAAUCGCAUGGUCGUCCCGCGAGCGUGCAUUUCCCGCGGAGCGUGCAAGUCGACCAACAUUCGCGAGAUCAAAGGCAGCAAGAAAUGCGUGGAUUACCAGACGAUCAAGUUGCAAGAGCAAGUGUCCAAGUUGGGCGUGGGGUCGAUUCCUCGGUCGAUCAUGGUCAUUUUGGAAGGCGCGUUGGUGGACAGCGUCAAGGCAGGCGACGACGUCGUGGUCGUCGGGACGCUGAUCAAAUGCUGGAAGCCUGUGAUCAAGGACGUUCGAUGCGACCUCGAAACAGUGAUCCAAGCCAGCAGCAUUCGGCUCAAGAACGUCAACGGCGCGGCGCGGGCGAUGGUCACAGACGACUUGCGCCGCGAGUUUGAUCAGUUUUGGCAUGCUCAUCACGACACGCCGUUGGCAGGUCGGGAUGUGAUUCUGUCGAGCAUUUGCCCCCAAGUGUAUGGGCUGUUUAUUGUCAAGCUGGCCGUGGCGCUCACGGUGAUCGGCGGCUGCGCGUACGUGGACGACCGAGGCAUGAAGACCCGCGGCGACUCGCAUAUGCUCUUGAUUGGCGAUCCCGGCACUGGCAAGUCGCAGUUUCUCCGCUUUACGGCGGAAUUGAGUCCGCGGUCAGUCUUGACGACUGGUAUUGGCACAACGAGCGCUGGACUCACUUGCACGGCAGUCAAGGAUGGUGGCGAGUGGAUGCUCGAAGCCGGCGCACUUGUCCUAGCCGAUAGAGGGGUGUGCUGCAUCGACGAGUUCAGCAGCAUCACGUCACACGACCGGGCGUCGAUCCACGAAGCGAUGGAGCAGCAGACGCUCAGCGUGGCUAAGGCAGGCCUCGUGUGCCAACUCAACACGCGCACAACAGUGUUUGCCGUCACCAACCCCAAAGGCCGAUACGACCCAAACGCCGACGUGUCUGUCAACACUGCCAUUGCAAGCCCACUGCUGAGUCGGUUUGACAUAAUUUUGGUGCUGUUGGACACGGUGCACAAAGAGUGGGACGAACGAGUGUCGGGAUUCAUCUUGGACCAAGCCGCAGUCACGGCAGACGUAGCCAUGCCAUCCUCGUCGUCGUCGUCGUCGUCGUCGCUUUUCACUUCCGAGCCCUACAACUCAGGUACUACCGACGCUGCUGCUGCUGCUUGUGAUCAUCACGAGACUCGGAUAUGUGGACAGACCUGUCGCAACCCCCCCAUCCUUGCCCUUCCUCGUUGGACCACCAAAAAAGAUGGAGCGUGGCCAAGUUGCAAGCAUAUUUCUGCUACGUUAAAGAAUCGUUCCAUCCGCGACUGUCCCGCAGUGCCAUGACGGUGCUGCAGCGAUACUACCAAAUGCAAAGGUCGUCGGACAUGCGCAACGCCGCGCGGACAACGAUUCGCCUCCUGGAGAGCUUGACUCGGAUAUCUCAAGUGCGAUAAUGUCGCCAUGUGUUGAACGAGAAUACAUGCCUGGCACAACAACCUCAUGGAGUACGCUUGGCGUAUAUAUAUAGGCGCAUGCAAAGCUCAUGUGUCGGCACGAAGUGACCGUGCAGGUAGGUACAUUCAUACCUAGCCGCCAUGAUGAUGAUGCUCAUGUAUGGGAUGGCAGGAUGCGGUCGUGGCCGUGUACAUCACUGAAACGUCCAAGUCGGCUGAUUCGAUGCUCGGCUACGAAUCUGUGCUCCACAAGAGCUUCAGUGCGGACCCCACGACAGAGUACUACCAGCAUGAACACGUGAUCUUGAACCACUUGGUACUCACGGAACUCGCCACGACACCGCCGCCAUCGACGUCUCCACGCAAUCCCUCCACCGCAGCGCCCGUUAGCCAACAGCAUACGCACAUUUCGUCCCAGGUUGGUGGGCAGCAUGGACACCAACCUCGCGGAAUGCACGGCCUCAAGUGUCGCUUGUGGGGAUAUUCGAUCAAUAGGCUAGGACGACUCGAACAAUGCAAGCCACGCGAUGGGGCCAAGCUGUGGAGGCCCACCGAAGCAGCCAAGUAUCUUGUUCCCAAUAGUUUCGUGUACCUGAUGGUGAUACGAUCGCUUUUGUAGAGACCUACGACAGCGUCACAACAACAUCAAGACGAGCAUGACGAUAUGGGGCCACCACCCACGCAAACGCGCUUUGCGGUCAAGUGGAAGAAGUUCCGCCGAGACGAUUCCGAUACGAGCAUGUUUUAGCAGGAAUGGUGCCAUUCCCUAGACCGUUCGAGUGUUGCCGCGAAUAGUUCUACUGGAAGUUACCGGUGUCGAGCUCGUUCGAAGGAUUGAGUUCUGCGCAGUAUGCCACUUGUCACCCGUCGUUUCAUUUUGACUUCAU